AUGCCAAUAUAUGCCAAGUUCAUGAAAGACAUAAUUUCCAAGAAGCGUUCCAUUGAUACUGAAUCGAUCAUCCUGACUGAAACAUGCAGUGCCGUUCUCCGAGGCAUGAAAAUCCCAGUGAAAAAGAAAGACAUGGGAUCGGUUACUAUUCCUUGCACUAUUGGUGAUCGUAAAUUCAAGAAAGCUCUGAUUGACUUAGGAGCCAGUGUAAGUUUGAUGCCACUGUCCAUCUAUAAGAAAUUAGGCAUCGGUUCUAUUCAAGAUACUCAAAUGACCCUUCAGUUUGCGGAUCGCUCUGUUAGGCGACCCUAUGGUAUUGUGUAA